CAAAAUUUGGUUGAGCAGAGUUUCAAGAAGAAGACAUUACUGCUCAUGCGCAGAAGGAGCAAGGAAUGAACAUUUUGAAAGUAUACGGGCAGAUCGAUUGGUCUGGACUAAGGAGUGGCAUGUAGAAUUUAUUAUAAACAUUGCUCAGCCAGAACAGUACAAGUCAGGGCUAGAUCCGUUCCUCGGACCUCCUGUUUGGGGUUAACCCCUGCUGGAAAUGAAAGGACAGCAAAAGAGUCCAGACACAGAAGGGGAUGUUUCAGUGAUGGAGGAAGGGGCUGUUGCGACCGCAGAUGAUCCAUCUGCCAUCACCAUUCAAUCAGCAGCAUUCUCCACGGAUCAACCUAUUAAGUACCUCUUCAAGACGGAGGGAGCAGGGGGGCAGGUGACGUAUCGGGUGAUCCAUGUGGCCGAUGGCACAGGAGUGGACGCUCAGGCCGAUGCCACAGGAGCCGUCAGCGUGGUCACGGGCUUCCCCACGGUCACGCAAGCCGUCACACCAGCCGUUACACAGGCUGUAUUAGCGCAGGCUGAAGGUCUGGAUGGGGAGGCCGCUGAAACGCAUUACUACUAUCCUGCCACCAUCGCAAAUACCCCCUCGGCCACUAUGGUCACCAACGUCCAAGCCCCCGACUCAUUACUCACUCAGAACACACCCACAGGUCAGCUCUAUGUGAUGAUGUCGCCACAAGAUGUUUUGAGUACGACCACCACGCAAAGUAAAGCUGAGACUCCACGCACUUCAAGAGAUGACAAGAGACGAGCACAGCAUAACGAAGUGGAAAGAAGACGCAGAGAUAAAAUCAAUAACUGGAUUGUCCAGCUGUCCAAAACCAUCCCCGACUGUUCGGUGGACUCCACUAAGAAUGGCCAGCAGAGCAAAGGGGGUAUUCUGUCCAAAGCCUGCGACUACAUCCAGGAGCUGAGGCAGAGCAACGCCCGGCUGGGGGAGGAGAUGGACUCACUGGAGCGCCUGAGGAUGGACAACCAGCUACUUAGACAAGAGGUGGAGGAGUGGAAAUCCAAGAAUCAGAUCCUCCGAGGUCAGCUUCGUCAGCAUGGCAUCGUAGCAGCGAGUGUGGAACCCCAGUGAGGACACAAGAUGUGCCGUCUCUCUCUCUUUUGUUUUUCUUUUAAUGUCAUUCUUUUCUCUAUUUUUUUUUAAAUUCCGCAUAGACCCUCUUACAACUGGUGUUAACGUCUGCAUCGAUGAACAAGAACAACAGCAACAGAAAAAAUCAUUAAUUUUCAACUGACCGUACAGUAUGUCAAUCAGAAGAAGUCAAUGAUGAAAGGACUAAUCGAGGUUAAGGCAUCAAAGGAAAAUGUGGGAAUUGCGGGAAGGGGUGGUGGUGGUGGUGGUGCAUAGUGUCAUGUCUAGCUUUUUUUUUCUUUAUCAUUGUCAUGUUUGGACAUUGCUUCUUCCUAUUUAGUUUUAGAUGUUAAAGUGGUCACUGAACAUCAUUGGUGAGGAAGAACAGCUCUGACCAGAAAUGGACAUGGCACACUUUGCAAACGGAGUCAUUUCUUCAAGAGAAAUGAUGCAGUUGCAAGAGGAAUGUUGUCAUUUGUUUGAAACCGUGUCCUCCUCCUUUGCAAAUUACAGCAUGAUGAAGACGUAUGCAGGCAUAAUGAAACUCAAGUUGUGCAGAGACUGAUAGGAAUGCAAUUAACACCGCUGAGACAGAAAACUCCAAACAUACACCAGCCAUUUACCUGAUGGACAUUGCAAUGACAAGAAGAAAACAAAAUCUUCACAACUUCCUUCUCCCCUAUCAACACCAUCUGCUUCCUAUACCCGUGACAGUGGUAAGGUGGUCAUUUGACAAUCUAAGCAUGGUCUGUUUUAACAUUUUGACUGUGUUUUUCAGCACCAAGGGUGAAACAGGGUUUGACUUAGAUUGGUAUUCAUGAAUGAUUUCGGCUGUACCAUAUUUGCAUCCUCGUUUUUUUCCCCCUUCUGUCAUAUUUACAACCAUGUGAAAGGCAAAAUUCUGGUCUGGAAAAAUCACCACACUGAAAAGAUACAGGAAGUCUGAGCAUUAGGCUUACAGUCGUGUUAUAUGAUCUAUCCUAAAAGCUGGGUGAGUUCCAUUGGGAUACCGCUUUUCAGUUGCCGAACCAUGGAUUGUAAGCUGAAUGACAAACCCCUUUCUCAAUACAAUAUUUGUGUGCAACUCUUAGACGAAGGUUGAUAUGGUCAGUUAUGAGACUGGUCAGUGAUGGAAAAAAGUUACAUCAAACCUUUAAUCAGUGUUAAACUGUCUAUCACAUGCUUCGAUUCUGAUUUGUUUUGUCAUUUUGUACACAAUGUUGCUUUUCCAGGUGACUUUCAAUAUUAAUGUGUCUGUCAAGUCAAUCGAUUAAUUAUUUACAGCAAAAAAAUAACACGUGUCUUUGUCUAAGCUGUCAAUAAAUCCUCAUUCUUUAGACAGUAGAGUAAUUUCAAAAUAGCCACAGAGAGAAAAGAAAGAAAUUGGCUUCAGUCUUCUGUCUGUAGCAGUUAAGCAUGUCUGUUCUAGUUUAUUUACAUUGCAUCCAUGUACAUAACAUUACAAUGUUUUGCUUUGUUUUUUUCCCCCUGUUUAAUUUGGUAGCUAUUUGUAAAUGCAUACGCUUGUAAUUUGUAUUAAAAAAAAACGAAACA